ACUGCGGUAUCAUCACUAUUUUUACUGGUUCGUAAUUAAUCUUUGGUUGCCUAAGAUCCAUGUAGAUAAACAAUGGCCAAGUGCAGUCACCAUUCAGCUGUUGCUAAAAAGAAUUUGAGAUUUCGUUUUUUGAUUAAAUUUACAUAAGCCAGACGCCAUACGAUCAUCGUGACAACAACUGAUAAUUUUAUAUUAUGGCAGAUUCAAAUUUCCCUACAAAAUCUGAAGUACGUUUCGUGUCAAAGCAACAUGAUUGCGCCCGCAGAUCCCAGGCGUGGUACCAGAGCGCUGGAAGACGGACCUGCUGCCUGUUGUACAGGCUGUUCGGGGGCCCAUGUUACGAAAGACUCAUAAUGGCACCACCAUCCUACUCCGAUUUGGGCAAAGACGCUCGCAAUGUGUUUGGAAAGGGUUAUCAUUUCGGCUUAAUUAAGCUUGAUUGUAAAACAAAGUCAGCCUCUGGAGUUGAAUUUUCAAUGGGAGGUUUUUCCAAUCAAGAUACAGGAAAACUGUUCGGUUCAUUGGAAACUAAGUACGGAAUCAAAGAGUAUGGACUGGUAUUUUCUGAGAAAUGGAACACAGAUAAUACAUUGGGCAUGGAAGUGAGUGUUGACAAUUACCUUGCCAAAGGACUGAAAAUUUCAUUAGACUCAACAUUUGCACCACAAACUGGGAGCAAGUCAGGCUGCCUAAAAACUGAAUUUAAGAACGAUAUGUGUGCAGUUAACAUGGAUGUUGAUUUGAUUUUGGCAGGUCCUAAUGUUAAAGUAGCAACUGUUCUUGGUUAUAAUGGAUGGCUAGUAGGUUACCAGACUGCCUUUGACAGUCAGAAAUCCAAACUAACUAAAAACAAUAUUUCCCUUGGAUACUCGGCUAGUGAUUUCAUUCUCCAUACCAAUGUGAAUGAUGGGCAGGAAUUUGGUGGAUCGAUUUAUCAGAAAGUGAACUCCCAGCUAGAAGCGGGAGCCCAACUAGCAUGGUUUGCAGGCACAAAUGAAACCAAUUUUGGAAUUGGAUGCAAAUAUUCUAUUGACAGAGAAUCCUCUAUUAGAGCAAAAGUUAACAAUGCCAGCCAGAUAGGGAUAGGUUACUCACAGAAAAUCCGUGAAGGUAUUACGGUUAGUUUGUCAGCGCUAAUUGAUGGCAAGAAUUUCAACCAGGGUGGACACAAGAUAGGUGUAGCUCUCGAGAUGGAGGCCUAGAAGUGUCACAAAGUACAGUGAUAACAUGGUGAAGCUUGAAGAAAAGUGUUAUUGGUAGAAGUAUGCCGGUGAUGGAAUGGACUGCACAUGGAAUAUGUGCCCAGACUUUGUUCACAUUUUACCAGCAUUAUUUAUUUUUACAGCUAGCAGCACAAAAUUGUGCUUCGUGAUCCUUUGAAUAAUUAUACAGCAUGGUGAAACCAAACUUGAGGAUGUUAAUAUUUUAGAUGUCACUAUUGGAGACACCUAUGUAUUUACUGUAUUGUUGGCUGAAUUAAAACACAAUUGUAUAAGAACUACUGUACAGUAUAAGUGCUGAAAUUUUCUUCAAGCCUCACAUUUGUAAAUUACAAAAUGAAACCAUUUUUGAAGGUGCAAUGAA